AGAGAGAGGCUCUGCACCACACCCUCACACGCACACACAGGCUCAGAAGAGAGGAACUUCAGGACAGCUCAACUCACAGCACCAUUUCAUCAGGUCGAACCCGUGUAACCUACCAGAAUGUCGGAUGCAGUGCCAGUGGCCUUCAGAAGCAUCGCCCAGAAACCUGGGCUGCAGAUCUGGACCAUUGAGAAAAUGAAAAUGGUCCCAGUCCCUGCACAAGCCUAUGGGAAUUUCUUCGAAGGAGACUGCUACAUUGUUCUCUGUGGACGGCAGAGCUCCUCUCAGCUCUCUUUUGAUCUGCAUUACUGGAUCGGGAGCCAGUCCUCUCAGGAUGAGCAGGGGGCGGCUGCCAUCCUGGUGACCCAGCUGGAUAAUUACCUGGGGGGGAGCCCCAUCCAGUACAGGGAGGUGCAGGACUGUGAGUCAGUCAAAUUCAAGAGCUACUUCAAGAACGGCAUUGUCUAUAAGAAGGGUGGUUUGGCGUCAGGGUUCAAACAAGUCGAGACAAACAUGUACAACAUCAAGCGGCUGCUGCACGUCAAGGGGAGGAAGAAUUUCUCAGCCACGGAGGUUGACGUCUCCUGGAACAGUUUCAAUGUGGGAGAUGUUUUCCUGCUGGACAUGGGCAAGGUGAUUGUCCAGUGGAACGGGCCUGAAAGCAACCACCCCGAAAGGUUAAAGGGGAUGACGCUGUCCCAGGAUAUCCGGGACAGGGAGCGAGGUGGGCGCGCUCAGAUUGGUGUCGUCGAUGGAGACAAUGAAGCCGCCUCCCCCGAACUGAUGAAAAUCAUGACAGCAGUGUUGGGGCAGAGGACAGGGAGCCUCAAGCCAGCUACCCCAGAUAACAGACCCGACCUGUAUCAGAAGUCAAAUGUGCGGCUCUACCAUGUUUCAGAUUCAAGUGGAAACUUGGUCGUCCAGGAGAUAGCCACACAGCCACUGACUCAGGAUCUGCUCAACUCUGAUGACUGCUACAUUGUGGAUCAGGGGGGGGUGAAGAUCUUCGUGUGGAAGGGGAAGAAUGCUGCCACUCAGGAGAGGCAGGCUGCUCUUGGGAGAGCUGAGGGCUUCAUCAAAGCAAAGAACUACCCAUCCACAACCAACGUGGAAAUCAUGAACGAGGACGCUGAAUCUUCCAUGUUCAAGCAGCUCUUCAAGACAUGGACAGAGAAGGGGCUGACGCAGGGGCUGGGCAAGACCCACUCAGUGGGCAGGAUUGCUAAGGUCGACCAGGUCAAGUUCGAUGUCAUGGAGCUGCAUGCCAGACCUGACCUUGCUGCAAGAGAGAGGAUGGUAGAUGAUGGCUCUGGGAAAGUGGAGGUGUGGAGGAUUGAGGAGCUGGAGCUGAAGGCGGUGGAUCCCAAUACCUACGGGCAGUUCUAUGGAGGAGACUGUUACCUGGUGCUGUACACGUAUUCGCGAGGCCAGAAACCCCACUACAUUCUGUACAUGUGGCAGGGGCUGCAAGCUUCUCAAGACGAGAUCACAGCGUCUGCGUACCAGGCUGUGAACCUGGACAACAAAUACAACGGGGAGCCAGUGCAGGUGCGAGUGACCAUGACCAAAGAGCCGCGCCACUUCCUGGCCAUCUUCAAAGGGAAGCUCAUCAUUUUCCAGGGCGGUACAGGACGCGGAGGGAAGGCAUCUCAGGACCCUGCUUACAGACUGUUCCAGGUUCGAGGCACUGAUGAAUAUAACACUAAAGCAAGCGAGGUCCCGGCCCGUGCCUCCUCCCUCAACACCAACGACGUGUUUGUUCUCACAGCUGACCACGUCUGCUACCUGUGGUGUGGGAAGGGCUGCAGUGGGGAUGAGCGAGAGAGGGCAAAGAGUGUGGCCGACAUCGUCUCCAAACGGGACAAGCAGACUAUCCUGGAAGGACAGGAGCCUGCAGACUUCUGGGUAGCUCUCGGAGGGAAAGCACCCUACUGCAGUGAUAAGAGGUUCCAGGAGGAGAAGCCGCAGCGGGUGCCACGCCUCUUCGAAUGCUCCAAUCAGACUGGCCGCUUCAUGAUGACAGAGGUCUUUGAUUUUGCCCAGGAGGACCUCGAUGAGGAGGAUGUGAUGCUUCUGGAUACCUGGGAGGAGAUCUUCCUGUGGAUCGGUAAAGCUGCCAAUGACGUUGAGAAGAAGGAGUCCCUGACCUCUGCCACAGAGUACCUGAGGACACACCCAGCGCAGCGAGACCCUGGCACACCCAUCACCACGGUGACACAGAGCCACGAACCGCUCACCUUCACUGGCUGGUUCAGUGCCUGGGACCCUCACAAGUGGAGCGAUUCCCGCUCCUAUGAGGACAUAAAGAACAGCUUGGGGGAUGCCUCUGCAAUCUCCCAGAUCACUGUGGAUCUUAACAAGACAGAUCUGAACAGAGGAAAGGGAGGUGCUUCCAAAAGCCCUGCCAGUGGAUACAGCGCCCCUGGAGGUCCCAGCACUCCAUCAGACACGGCUACAAAGAACAAGCCUCACAGUGUCAGGACAGACAAGACUGACGGGAGGAGUCCUGCUGCGCCCAAUGGCAGGGCCACAGGAUAUGACCCGGAGCUGCUCAUCAACAAAACAGCAGAGGAGCUGCCAGAGGGGGUGGACCCCUCCAGGAAAGAGGACUAUCUGUCGGAUGCUGACUUUGAGAACUUGCUGGGCACGACCCGUUCUGAAUUCAGCACCAUGCCAGCCUGGAGGCAGAAGCAUUUAAAGAAAACAUCUGGCCUUUUCUGAGAGGUGCUACCAAUUCAGAGCCACGCGUCCCACAAAGAAAGCAGCUGCAUGAUUGGGCUAUCACAUGACUCCAUGUUCACUGGGACAGUUCAGACUUUUCAACUCACAUCGCAAUGC